GUAAUAAUAAGGCACACAGCACAUGUGUGGUGUGUUGGCAUAUAUGGCUGCCUAUUGUGCAUGUGCAUGUGCUCCCAGAACAGUCUAGUCCUUGGCUGCCCUUUUGAAGAUCAAGAAGAGAGCAAACAAAAAGGAAAGGAUAUGGCUACUCCAGCAACCACUACCGUGUUGAGUCUCAAAGUCGUCAAGAGGCACUUAGACAAAGCCUUGAAGACAUUCGACGAACGAGAACAAAGAAUUAACUCUCAAAAAUCCUCACUUCAAGCGAAAAUCAACCGAGAAAUGAACUCACUGAUCCAUAUCAUUGAAGAACGCAAGGAACAGCUGGUUACACAACUCGAUAGCCUCGCUCAACAAAAGCUACAAAUUUUGUCGGCCCACAAGCAAAAAGUUGAGCUCUCUCGCACGAAGAUGAGCAACGUGUUACUCGAGGCAACCACUCAAGUCGGCCACGAAGAACAGGAGAUAACGGUCGAGUUUGAACCAUCCACAAUUCAGCCACAGAUCGAAGCAGAUAUGAUAUUUAUCAGAGACAAGUCAGAGCAGAUUCGUCAAAACUGCAAAGAUUUUGGGAGUGUAUAUUCGGAACAGGUGGCGAUUGAUAACUGCAUUGUAAGUGGAGAAGGAUUGGGAUUUGCAAUAGACGGGAGAGAAACUAUCGUUGCAGUGGACAAUUUAAUCGAUAAACUUGAUCUUGCAGCUGAGCUAGUAGACAACAAGAGCGGAGCUUCGAUUAAAUGUGAUAUUGAAAGGGAAAAUGGUCGCCGUACGCUCACCUACCAGCCAGUUAGCCGAGGGAAACACAGUCUUCACAUUAGAAUCAAUCAUAGACCCAUCAAAGGUAGUCCGUACCCUGUGGCCGUUACCCCGUCGCCAGAGAGCCUUCGUAAGCCGAUCAGAAUCAUCGAAGGUCUUAGCAAGCCGCGAGGUAUUGCAACGAACAGCAAAGGUGAACUGAUAGUGGCCGAGUACAAAUCAAACUACGUCUCGAUCAUAGCUCAAGACGGCAAGAAGAAAGCAUUCGGUGGAUUUGGAACAGAACAUGGAAAAUUUAACAAACCAAGAGGAGUUGCGAUUGAUAAAGAUGAUAAUAUCUAUGUGAGCGAUUCUGGUAAUCAUCGAGUACAGAAGUUUACAUCUAAAGGAAAGUUCGUUGCUACUGUUGGAUGCAUGGGAAGUGAGGAUGGACAAUUCAACCUUCCCUUGGGCAUCUGUUUCAGCAAGAAGAAACAUCGAUUGUACGUCUGCGAUCAAGUCAACUAUCGAGUGCAAGUUUUCUCUGCACAUCUCACAUUCAAGCGCUCAUUCGGUAGUGAAGGCCAUAGUGAUGGACUGUUUAAUUUCCCCGAGAAUAUCGCUAUUGACGAUUCCAACACUGUGUUGUAUAUAUCGGACUAUUACAACAAUCGAGUGCAAGUCUUCACAGCUGAUGGACGGUUUAUUCGAUCUAUCACUCAUAAAUCAUCGGCAGCUAUAAGUUCAACAAGUAGCAAUAAACUAAAGCACCCUCGGGCAAUUGCUGUGGAUGGUGGGGGCGUGUUGUAUGUCAGUGAGUGGGAGUGUGAUGGUGUGUACCUGUUCUCGUCACAAGGGGAGUUUGUCGAGUUGCUUGGCAACAAGGGGGGUGAACAAGUGGACCUUGUGUGUGGUUUAGCUGUGGACAUGAACAAUUGUGUCAUUGUGUCUAGAUACAGUAAGAUUGAGAUGUUCUAGC